AUGCUCGCUUUCAUGCAACCAAUGCGGCAAUUCGUGGCACGAGUUCUACUGUGCAGCGAACUGGAGCCGUGGACAGAACUGGACAUAAAGCAGUUGAAAGUAGACGGAGAGAUGCUCGCGAUGGUCCCAGAUGAGCAUAUUAAUCGAAAUGCUCAGAAUUUCUCGACCAGCCUAACUAUUCUGAACUUCAAAGUGGCUAUCCUCAUCGACGAUACGCGACGCACCAAGCAGCGUAUCGAGCGUUUCGAGAAGAAUAUUCUGCACCCAAGCCUAAAAGGUAUUUCAUUUUUGUUGGUAUUUUGA